AUGGGGGUUAAAACAAUGCUCCCCAGCUAUGAACUGGGGUUUUAUGCUCUUGUCGUGACGUGUGCUGUGGUGUACAGCGGCAGCGGGAUCUUCGAAGCAUCCAGAGACAGCAUGAACAGAAAGGCCUUUCGGGAUGGCAUAAAGCCGGGCUGGCACUACUUCGGCAGGAAAAUGGAUGUGGCCGAUUUUGAGUGGGUGAUGUGGUUCACCUCGUUCAGGAACGUCAUAAUCUUCGCCCUCUCAGGACACGUCCUCUUCGGCAAGAUCUGCUCCAUGCUGGUGCCACAGCACCGAGCCAUGAUGUACAUGGUGUAUGGAAUCCUGGCUGUGCUGGGCAGCAUGGGGCUUGUCUACCUGAUGAUCAUCCUCUCCCACUGCCUUGUCCUCUACUCUGUGGCGCUGGCCAAGCAGAAGUGGCUCUGCUACGUGGCCGGGCUCUGCUGUCUCACCUCCUUAAAGGUGGAGCCCUUCAGCUCGUGGCAGAGUGGGUUUGUAACAGGAGCUUUUGACCUUCAAGAUGUCCUCUUCUACGGAGGAAGUGGCUUCACCAUCAUGCGCUGCAUGAGCUUCGCCCUGGAGAGCUCUGAGAGAAAAGAGGGCAUCUACUCCAUCUUCGACCUCCUCAAGUACAACUUCUACCUCCCCUUCUUCUUCUUUGGGCCCGUCAUGACGUUUGACCAGUUCUAUGCCCAGGUGAGCACCCGAGAACUGAGACGCAAAGAUGAUGAGAUGAGGAACAUCCGGGUCCAAGCUCUCCUUCAUGUGGGGACUAUCAUUGCUGUGGACAUCUUCUUCCACUUCUUCUACAUCCUCACCCUUCCUUCUGACCUGAAGUUUGUGAACCGCCUCUCCGACUGGUCCUUGGCUGGCUUGGCCUACUCCAAUUUGGUGUAUGAUUGGGUGAAAGCUGCUGUCAUGUUUGGGGUCACCAACACCAUAGCCAGACUGGACCACUUGGACCCACCCCAGCCCCCAAAAUGCAUCACCAUGCUCUACGUCUUUGCAGAAACGCAUUUUGACAGAGGGAUUAAUGACUGGCUAUGCAAGUACGUGUAUGACCACAUUGGAGAGAACCAUGACAAUAUUAUGAAGGAGCUCAAGGCCACCAUUGCCACCUUUGCCGUCACCACCCUGUGGCUGGGGCCCUGUGAGAUCGUUUACAUCUGGUCUAUCUUCAACUGUUUUGGCCUCAACUUUGAGCUCUGGGUGCAGAAAUUCUUCCAGCAGGAGCCCUUCACCAAACUGGAGGCCAAAAUGUCAGCGGCCAUGUCUCGGCGGAUUAGGGCAGUUUUUGGGGCUGCAAAUUUCUGGGCCAUUGUCCUCUACAACAUCCUAGCCCUCAGCAGCCUGGAGUUUGCACUGCUGGUCGCCAAGAGGCUCCUUCUGACGGGUUUCCCUGUCAGCACCUUGUCCAUCUGGUUCAUCACGUACUGCGGAGUGCAGCUGAUCAAAGAGCGUGAGCGCAUCCUGGCCAUUGAGGAGGAGAAGGCUGACAAAGCAAAGGUGGAGUAGAGGGAGGCAUCAGCAGGCUUGUCCCAAAGCCUCAUCUCCCCUCCAGCCACCGCUGCCAGGUCAGCCACUGGCUGGGGCUCUCCAAACACUCCUGACAAUCGGACUGGUGUAGCUCACCCAUGUAGAAGUCACCUGGAAGGUGCAGGUCACUCCCUUGCUGCAGGAAAGAUCUUCUAUAAGACACAGCGGG